UGCAGACUCAACUCUCUCUCCACCGGCCAUCAUUUCGUCACAAAAGCGGUUCACCCACGUGUCCUCCCUCCAACCGCCUUAACGUCCCCUCGAGAGACGUUAGCCGCUUCUAUCAACGACGUAUUGCUGCUGGCUCCGCCAGCAUUUGACAAGACCCCGAUCCUGUGGGCCUACUCUCUCAAACAGACGCCGCAUAGUCUGUUUGAGCGGCAGCUAGUGCUCCGCGGACUCUGCCAUCUGGGCAAAGACAACAAAUCCACACCCCCGCUGUUCAACUGAGACACGCAUCGGCCCGUUGCCAAUCCUACAUCUAAAUCCACAAAGAUGUUCGCCGCCGCCGAAGUUCCCAGCAACUACACCUUCUCGCCGUCUUCGGCCACCCCUCAUCUGACUAUCAAUCAUGAUGUGGCCGCUGAUUUGGACUCCUCCAAUGCCUUUGAAGGCCCCGAGAAGCUGCUUGAGGUUUGGUUCGCCCCAAACGCCACGGCCCUGCCUCCCACGGCCCCUGCAAAUGGAUUGAAGUCUAUCCCCGCCGACACUUGGGUCGGAAUGCUCGACAUGGUCAACUGCAAGAUCCUCUCCGUCCUUGAGUCGGAGAACAUGGAUGCAUAUCUCCUGUCCGAGUCCAGCAUGUUCGUCUUCCCUCACAAGAUCAUCUUGAAGACGUGCGGAACCACGACUCUUCUCCUCGGACUCCAGCGUAUGCUCCACAUCGCCGCUGUCCAUGCUGGCUUCCCUUUCCACAACGCCAACUCUGUCAAUGACAUUCGCGCCGCGGCAACCCCGUAUCGCGUCUUCUACAGUCGCAAGAACUUCCUGUUCCCCCACAAGCAACAUGGACCCCAUCGUAGCUGGAAACAGGAGGUCAAAUAUCUUGACGAAAUGUUUGACGGAGGUAGUGCGUACAUGGUCGGCAAGAUGAACGGGGACCACUGGUACCUGUACCUUACGUCUCCCAACCAGCAGGCCCUCACCCCUCCCCGGACCCCAGAGUCCGAGGUUGAGGCGAUCGGAGCGCCUGCUCGGAUUCCCGUCGGAACGACCACCUUUGGCACUGGCCCCAACGGCCACCCCGACGAGACUCUGGAAAUCCUCAUGACGGACCUUGAUCCUGAGAACGCGAAGCAGUUCUACCUGUCGCACGCGAGUGCGGUCGCCAGCGACAGGCUUUCUGCUGAAGCUCAGGAUGCUCGAAAGAAGGCUAUUGACAGCCUCGGCGAGCUUGCUCACACCCUGGACGAAGUGGACGUCUUCAGCAACGGGGCCGACUUGGAAAUCGACGGCAACCACCUGGACUUGACCGAGGAGCUGACUACCGAGGGCCACGCCCUGGGAACCGUCGUUUCCGAGAGCUGCGGCCUUUCGGGCGUCUACCCCACCUCGGAGUAUCCUGAUGCUCGCGUUGACGCCUAUCUGUUCAGCCCCUGCGGGUUCUCCGCGAACGGUGUCAUUCCCCCUUCCCCCUCCACUCAGCCGGAGGGAGUCCAGCCCAAGUCUGAGCAUUACUUUACUGUUCAUGUGACCCCUGAGCCGGAGUGCUCGUUCGCUUCGUUCGAGACCAACGUCCCCGGCGGACAGAGUGGACGCACCACUGCCGAUAUCAUCGAGCAGGUUGUCAACAUCUUCCGCCCUGGUCGCUUCAGCGUCACCCUCUUCCAGGACAAGGGCCAGAAUGCCAACCCUUACGGCAUGGGUAACGACGACACCAAGACGUGGGCUGCCAACAGACUCGUCGACCCUGUCCGAGGAUACCGACGAAUUGAUCGCAUCGUCCACGACUUUGAGGACUAUGAUCUCGUCUUCCGCUUUUACGAGCGAGAGGGAUGGGCUGGCGGCAAGUCUGCCCGAGUUGGCGAGCCCUGCAUGUAAGCUGUGUGCUACUUUGUCGGGUUUGAGAAUCCAGAUUGCAAUUGGGAACUGUUUGCUUUCGAGUUUCUGCUGUCCUUACCUGUUAUUAUUAGCGCUGGGACAUUCUUUCGUUCGUUGUGAUGAGUCAACUUGUAGUUGAGGCGCCCUUUUGGGGUGUAAGUGCUGCUGGUUUCUCUGGGUCUAGCGCUCAGUGCGUUUGUGAUGGGAUCGUGCUUGGCAUCAUUAAUUUAUUCGCUCAUUUGAUGCCCACUACAAACUUGCCUGACUAGUUCGGCGACAUUGCAA